AUGUCGACAUACUGCCUCCCGAAUCACUCAUCUCUAACAAGUCAGGACCCUCUGGGCAUCUGCAGCAGUGAUGGAGCCUCCGUCUCGCACUGGUCCUUACUCAGACAGCUGCUUCAAACAGCAGGCCGUGAUCUGGAACACAUUGAGCAAAGCACAGAAGAUACACACUCUCCUCAGCGGAUCGAUUCGGCAUGGCUCAGACGUUUGGCGACACUGUUCCAAGACAUCGCCUACAGCCUGCACGGCGAUGGAAAUCUCAACACCGAUGGCCUCCAUAGCAUGCCUACAAGAAUCGAGAAUCCUCGGCAGUGGUGCUCUAGAUUCCGUACGACCUUGUUCAAAUCCGCUCUACAGCUCGAAAACCUCUUCCCGGACGGCAAUCUCGAUGAGCUCUCUAGCGGAAACCCAACCGCAGUCUUCUCGCCUGCACAAAUGGACUGUCUACUGGCACACAUGCUUCUUGGGACCCUCCAGAUCCCAAAAGGCAACACCUGGGGCCGCCCGGGCUUCACGCAAUACUUCGACGGCAAAAUCGCUCCGGUAGUACCCAACACAGCUCUCCCAUAUCUGGAAACGAUACUCUUCCAUUUCGCCCAGGGAGGAUAUCCUUCCCCCAACAAGAAUCCAAACCCCCCGAUCAAAUUCCGCUACUCCGACGCCUCCCACAUCCCCUCAGUUUCGACGUCCAGAUCCCCCGCGCCGGAGAUCCCAACGACCAUCGUUUCCAUCCCCCUCGACCCGUCCGCGAAGCCCACCACCACCACCACCACCACCACCCCCGCGCCCUUCGUCCUCGUAGCAGCGAACGCCCAGCCCGGCCCAGGCGCAGGCGGAACCCACGAAGAACGCCUAGUGGGCCAAUCGCCCGCCCUCGCCCUCGCAGCCCUGCUCACCCCCGUCUUGCCCGCCACCGCCGCGCUCAUCACCUCGCCGCUCCCCGUGCACGCGUCGUGGCAGGGCCAUGGCCGCGAAGCCCGACUCGUGUCCCAUCUGUCCCCCGCCCGCAGACCCGCGAGAAGGUACAUCGUCGCCGACGCACUGCCUCUCGAUUUGAGUCAUAAACAGCCGCAUCUCCUGGAAUCGAAUGUCGAACGGGAAGUGGGCAAGUUAUACGCUGCGUUCCGGGGGGCGAAGCACGCUUGGCUGGACGAGGGGUUGUUGCUGGAGGAUUUGAGGGUGGAGAUGCCGCCGUGGGGCUGUGGGGCUUUUGGUGGUAGUCUGCAGGUGAAGAUGCCUUGCAUGAUGAUGGCGGCUGGACUCGCUGGGCUGAGGAGUGGAAAUCUCGAACUUUUGGUUCCGGAGAGUCAGAAAGAUAUAAUUUGGAACCGAGGGGAGCGAGACAUUACGGUGCAGAAGCUCUAUGGAGAGUUGACGGGAAGCGGGACUUUCCUUUCCUCUCUUCGCAAACUGCUUAUUGGAAAGGGAUAG